AUAAGUUGGAGGGCUUCCGAAGGUGUUUAGCCCAGAAUCUAAUCCGCCCUGACGAGGGGAAAAACCCCCGCUAGAUCUAAACUCAAGAAACGUAUCUGCACCGUCCAAUUAGAAUUCCCGGCGCACAGUUUCUGCUAGAUCAGCGCCUUCUACGCAACGCUUUGACUCCCAACGCUAAAACCUCCCAAUUACGGAACUCUAAUUUCGUUUUCAGAAACCCUAAUAUUUCUAUAUUCCUCUUUGCAUCAUCUUCUUCGCAAUCUCGAUUCGAGGAUUUUGGGAGCAACAAAAAUGGAUAAUGGAAUUGCUGAUUCAUCGGCUUCGCCUCCAGUCAAAGCCCCUGAAGUACACACCGCCGCUGCUGCAGUGUCUGGGCAAGACAAUUCGGCACCUGAUUCUGCGCAAUCGAAGCUUUCUACUUCAUCAUUAUCAUCAUGGGCCAAGAAUUUGAAAAUUCCGCAGUCAUUGUCUGUGGCUCAGGAUGAUUCGAAUUCAGGAAAUGCUGGGAAAUCAACUUUUGCGCGAUUUACUAGUGGGUUUGGACUGCGCUUGUCGCCGAAAUCUCCUGCAGCUAAUGAUGGUUCAUCUGAGGGAGGAUCACCAACAGCACAACCUGGUUUUAUUGGAACAAUUACAAAAGGUAUAGUUGACUCUUCGAAAAAUGCAGUGAAGGCUGUGCAGGUCAAGGCUCGACAUGUUGUCUCCCAGAAUAAACGGAGAUAUCAGGAUGGAGGAUUUGAUCUAGAUAUGACAUACAUCACAGAGAACAUAAUAGCUAUGGGAUUUCCAGCUGGUGAUAUGAGCUCUGGGUUUUUUGGAUAUUUUGAGGGGUUUUAUCGAAAUCACAUGGAAGAAGUGAUUAAGUUUUUCGAAACCCAUCACAAGGGCAAGUACAAGGUGUAUAACCUUUGUUCAGAGAGGCUAUAUGAUGCUUCUUUAUUUGAAGGAAAGGUUGCUAGUUUCCCAUUUGAUGACCAUAAUUGCCCUCCAAUUCAACUGAUAAUAUCCUUUUGUCAAAGUGCUUACUCCUGGUUGAAGGAGGAUAUUGAGAAUGUAGUGGUUGUGCACUGUAAAGCUGGGAUGGCCAGGACAGGAUUGAUGAUUUCUAGCCUUCUUCUAUACUUGAAGUUCUUUCCAACGGCUGAAGAGUCAAUUGAUUACUACAACCGAAAAAGAUGUGUUGAUGGAAAGGGGCUUGUUCUUCCAAGCCAAAUUAGAUAUGUCAAGUAUUUCGAGCGCAUCUUAACAUACUUCAAUGGUGUUAACCAGCCUGGACGCAGGUGCAUGCUUAGAGGAUUUCGGCUUCACCAUUGCCCUUUCUGGAUCAGGCCUUCUAUCACUGUCUCUGAUCAUGAUGGUGUUCUGUUCUCCACAAAGAAGCAUCCUCGAACCAAGGAUUUCUCACCGGAAGAUUUCUGGUUUAGUGCACCAAAGAAAGGGAUUAUGGUCUUUGCCUUGCCAGGUGAACCUGGUUUGACUGAGUUGGCUGGGGACUUCAAAAUCCAUUUUCAUGAUGGUCAAGGAGAUUUCUACUGUUGGUUAAACACAACAAUGAUAGAAAACAGAAAAUUUCUGAAUACCAGUGAUCUUGAUGGGUUUGAUAAGAGAAAAUUGCCAUCACCAGGUUUCCAGGUUGAGGUUGUAUUAAUAGAUUAUAAUGGCACUCUUCCAACAACGCCUAGUCCUGAAACUGCUCCCAAUAAGCCCAAUGAAAGCUCAGGUGCCAGUGACACUGCCCCUGUUGAUGGGGGUGCAGUCCCUUCAAACCAAAAUAAAGAGUCUGGAUCUGGAAAUAACGACAAAGAUGAUGUUUUCUCUGAUAGCGAGUCAGAAGAAGGUGCUUCAAAGAGCCGGAAAAACCAUGCAGCUUCUACUGUGGAAAAAGACAGCUCCUCAACCACCUCCAAAUCUGAAACCAACACUAAUUCAGAUAAAGUUGCAGGCUUGACGCACACUACUGGACAAUUAUCUAUGGGAAACACAAGCUCACAACAGAUUAAUUCUAGUAACAGUGAGCCAAAAAAAGAGGCCAAAGGGGAAGCUAUCUCAGGGGUUGAGGUUUCCAAUUCUGAAAGUGAAUUCAAGGCAAUGGCAGCAGAUGCAUCUGUUUUUACUUUCGGAGAUGAUGAAGACUAUGAAAGUGAGUAAAAUGGCUGGAACUCGAGGACUAUGAAUUAGUAUCUGUACAUACCAUAGGCGAAUCUGUUACUUUCAAUCUUAUUCGUUUCAUUUGUAUUUUAGAAGUCUGGUUCUAGCUUAUUGAUGCUGUGAAUCAGUGGCUGGUAAUUGUUGCAUAAGGUUGUGAAUUAAAAGAAUGGAAGCUAUAUUGUUCUACACUUCUACUAGUGAAUGAAAUAUGAAGUACAUU